AUGAAAUAAUAGAAAUUGUUUACGUGUUAAGAUAUAGCACAUGAAAAUGAAGUCAUAUAAGGGUUUUGUUUAAAUUUUGGAUGUUAAGAUGCAAGAUCUUAAUUCUGUCUUUAAUGUGGAUUUGACCCUAAGUAACAUACUAAUUGCAAGAAAGAUCUAAAAGGAUUUGGUUAGAUUGAAAGUUUUAUCAUUAAAUUUAAUUAGUAUAUACUUGAAUUAACUACUUAAUUGAAUAAAUCUUAUUAAUCAGUCAAAAUAAAAUAUGAAGAAUUCAUAAAACAAUUGGAGAAAAUGAAAAUAUAAUUAUUAAAGAUAUCUGAAUAUUUAAGUUAAUAAGAAUAUAAAUAAAUCAAAGACAAUUUGUUAAUAAUUAAGGAAUGCUAUUAAUUUUCAAAUAAUUAAGAGGAGAUCAUUAAGUAGAAUUAAAUUGGUAUUUUUACAUUAUUAAUUAUUUAUAGGAACUUAAUUAAUUAAUAUAAAUAGAAUGAUUAAAGCUUUUGAUUUAGAUAAAGAAUAAUAAUAAAUUAAAGAUAUUAAACAAUAGAGUGAAAUUACACUUGAGUAAGGUAUUAAAUUUCUAUAAAAUUAUAUAUUAGGAAUAUAAUUAUUAAAUCAAAAGAAAUGGUAUGAGGCUAAUGAAAAAAUAAAUUAAUACUUAAAAUUAUUAGAAAAACAAAAAUCAUUUGCAAUUAUCUUUUAAAGUACUUCUCAAAUAUUUAUAUAAUUAAGGUAUGACUUUAAUUGAAAUGAAUCAACCUGGAAAAGGUAUAAAUAUGAGAGAAUAAGCUAAAUAGAUUAAUAGUAACCUAUAUACAGAUCUUUUGGAUUAUUCAAAUAAAGAACUAACAUAAAAUCCAUAAAAUACGUUUGUUUUAAUUUCAAAAAGUAAAUAAAAUCAAUAAUUUUAAUAGGUUAUGCAUUAAAUGAAGAGAAGAAAUAUCAAGAAGCAAUCAAAUAAUGUGAUAAAGUUUUGAUAGAAGAACCUUAACAUCUAAUUGCAUUAUAUAGAAAAAGUAAUCAUAUAUUAUGUACAACAGGCUUUUCUUUAGAAUAUUUGAAUUAACAUUCAUAAGCAAUUUAGUGCAUUGAAAAAGCAUUAAAUUCCGAUUUAAAAUAUUCUAUUGGUUAUAUGAUGUAGGAUAAUUUACUUGUUUUAUAUUUUAAGGGUAGUCAUUAUAAAGUCUUGGUAAAUAUAAAGAUGCAAUUGACUGUUAUGAUAAAGCAAUCCAACUGGAUCCUAAUUAUGCAAAAGCCUAUAAGAUUAAAGGUUAAUCAAUUUAUUUAAUUUUAAUAGGUUAUUUACUAACGUAAUUGA